AUGUGCUCUAGAACGGUUGAUCCGGCCGUCCGUUAUUUUCAAAGCUGCUUGUCUAUGCAGCAACCGCCACAGCAAAUGCAAAUACCACCUACCACUGGGCCGCCCCCGGUCAUGAAUGGUCAGGAGCCUCCACGAUCACAGCCAGCUCCCCCACUACCUCCACCUCAGCAGCAACAGGUGUUUGUACCCGGUCAAGGGGGUUACGUGAGCCCUCCCAUGAUGCCAGUGGCUCAGGGUCCUCCCACAGUCCACCACCAGCCGCCCCUGUCAGCUCAAAUGCAGGGCGGCGCUCCUCCCAACGUCAUCGUCGGCCGUCCGCAGCCACUUCCUGGUCAGGGCUACGAUGGAGCCCCACCACCAUUGUAUCCACCGCAUCCGGGUGCAAGUUACGGCGGUAGUGCUGCCGCCGGAGCUGUCUUCCCACCUCCACCCAAUACCUCCGUCGGUCCUAUGUUGCAGCCCUCUGCUUUCGUCAAAAGUCAACUUGGGCAACUACGUGCUCAAAUCAGCGCGUAUAAGCUGCUUUCUAAGUCUCAGUCGGUUCCUGAGAACAUCCUCUAUCUGGCUGAGGGCCGAGUGCCCCCUACUGCUGCUCCUGGUUUCCACAGCUAUCAACCUAGGGCUCCUGUACCCGCACCACCCCCACAACCCGGUCAGGAGGUGCCAUCGCAGCAGAUAUACGCGCAACAACAACAACCACCGCCACCUUCACAGAACCGUCCUCCUAACUACCCUCCCCAUCAAAUGCCCAUGAGAUGGGGCUAUCCUGGUUAUACAGGACCCCCUCCGAACGCCGCCUAUAUGGCCGCUUCGCAGGCACCGCUCAUCGGGCGCAGUCGAAUCGGUUCGAUCCAGCGUCCACAGGGCCUUGACCCCGUUGAGCUCUUGAAGGAGCGUGAGCAGCGUAUCCAAUCGCGUAUUGGUCAGCGCAUCAAGACCCUCUCCUCCCUCAGCGUCUUUUCCACUCCGCAACAGCGUGUCAGUCUGGAGAUUGAAUUACGCUCCCUGCGUCUGCUCAAUUUCCAGCGCCAGUUGCGACAGGACAUUGUCUCAGCCAUGCGACGUGACACUAGUCUGGAGACAGCGCUCAACAUCAAGGCCUAUCGGCGACCGAAGAAGCAGAGUUUACGUGAGGCUCGCUUCACCGAGAAACUGGAGCGUCAGAUGAAGCACGAACAGGAGAAGCGGCGACGCCAGAAACACCAAGAAUUCCUCAACGCGGUUUUGAGCCAUGGUCGGGAGUUCCGCGAGUACCAUCGUAACGCCAGUGUGCGCAUGUCGAAGAUCAACAAGGCCAUUCUCACUGCGGAACGUGACCGGCGUCGCACCCAACAGCGUAUCGAUCGGGAGCGUAUGCGCCGAUUGAUGGAGGAGGACGAUGCGGGCUAUCGCACGUUGAUUGACAAGAAGAAGAACAAGCGCUUACAUUAUCUCCUCACCCAGACCGAUCAGUUUAUUGACAAUCUUGCGAAGCUGGUGAAGGAUCAUAAGAAAGAGCAAAAUAAGCUGCGCAUUAAGGACAUUAGGGAGCGUUGCAGAGCCGCGCAAGAGCGGUGUCUACUGAACGCAGUGAAUAAGUAUCACGCGUUGGCAAAGAAUCUUAUCUUUGAGGGGGUAACAGCACCAGCCUGGCUUAACACCCUCCCCCCACCGGGCGUCUUUCCUGAUGAACUGGUUCAAGCGAGUCGAGAGUUGGCCGCGGGGAAGGCACCUCUCCUCACCACUAUCCCUUGGCCAAACAUUCGUCUCCCUGUUGCCAAUCCGAGUACUAAGGAGAUCCUUGAAGGCGAGUCUGCGCCCUAUGCCAACGAAGCGCAUACGUGGCUGCAGGAGCAUCCUGGCUGGGAGAUUGCGCCGACAGACGAGAAUGGUGUAGUGCAGGUGGAUCUAGUGGAGGAGGAUGAGGAGGCCUCGGCCAAGAAGAAGAAUGUCUCCGCGGACGAUGACGACGACGCGGUGAUGGACUCCGUGCGUGGCAACGAGGAUGACGAGUACAAGUCGGGUGGGAGUCAGUCUUACUACACCCUAGCGCAUGCCAUUCGUGAGCAGGUAAAGGAGCAGGCCUCCAUCCUCGUUAAUGGCAAGCUGAAGGAGUAUCAAAUGCGUGGCCUCGAGUGGCUCGUCUCCCUCUACAACAACAAUCUCAAUGGCAUCCUCGCCGAUGAGAUGGGUCUGGGCAAGACAAUCCAAACCAUCGGCCUUAUUACCUAUCUGAUGGAGAAGAAACGUGUCAAUGGACCCUACCUCAUUAUCGUACCUCUCUCCUAUCUAACACUUUUUUCUUCCAGCGUUAUGGCCAACUGGGCAAUGGAGUUUGAGAAGUGGGCCCCCAGCGUAAAGAAGAUUCUUUACAAGGGCUCACCUCAAUGCCGCCGUGCUCUGCAGAACCAAAUCAAGGCGGCUAAGUUUAACGUUCUUCUCACCACUUACGAGUAUAUUAUCAAGGAUAAGUCGGCGCUGUCAAAGGUCAACUGGCGCUACAUGAUUAUUGACGAGGGACACAGAAUGAAAAAUCACCACUGCAAGUUGACGCAGAUAUUAAAUCAUCACUACAACGCACCGUAUCGUUUGCUGUUAACGGGGACGCCACUGCAGAAUAAGUUGCCAGAACUCUGGGCUCUGCUCAACUUCUUGCUGCCAAAGAUCUUUGACAGUUGUAACACGUUUGAGCAGUGGUUCAAUGCACCUUUUGCGGCUACUGGAGAAAAGGUGGAGUUGAACCAUGAGGAGACCCUGUUGAUCAUUCGCCGUCUACACAAAGUGCUUCGUCCUUUCCUUCUGCGUCGCCUCAAGAAGGAGGUGGAGUCACAGUUGCCCGAGAAGGUGGAGUACGUUAUUCGCUGCGAGAUGUCCGCCCUCCAACGCGUCCUCUAUUCCUACAUGCAGUCAAAGGGAGUCAUUCUCACCGACGGCUCGGAGAGAGACAAAAAGGGCAAAGGUGGUACGAGGACCUUGAUGAAUACAAUCAUGCAGCUACGCAAGAUAUGCAAUCACCCCUUCAUGUUUAGCCACAUCGAGGCAGCAAUUGCAGAAUUCCAGAACCCUCCCUUACCUGGCCAGCUGCCUCCGACUCAGGUGGAGGGGAAGCUUCUUUUCCGUUCCUCCGGCAAGUUUGAAUUGCUCGACCGCAUUCUGCCGAAGCUGCGAGCCACCGGACAUCGAGUACUUAUCUUCUGCCAGAUGACCAGCCUUAUGACCAUCAUGCAGGACUACUUUGACUACCGGGGCUUCCGGUACCUUCGACUGGAUGGUGCCACUAGGGCGGAUGAUCGUGGGGAAAUGCUGAAGGAGUUUAAUGAUGAGUCGCAGGAGUACUUCAUCUUCUUGUUGUCCACUCGAGCUGGAGGGUUGGGUUUGAAUCUCCAGACGGCGGAUACGGUUAUCAUCUUUGAUUCGGAUUGGAACCCGCACCAGGACUUACAGGCACAGGAUCGUGCCCAUCGUAUUGGUCAGCAAAAUGAGGUUCGCGUUUUGCGUCUCAUUACAAUUAACUCUGUGGAGGAGAAGAUUUUGGCCGCCGCACGUUACAAGCUUAACGUUGACGAGAAGGUCAUCCAGGCCGGUAUGUUUGACAACAAGUCCACGGGUCUGGAGCGGCGCCAAUUUCUGCAGAACCUCCUCGAGGCCGACGACGAAGCAGACGAGGAUGAAAACGAGGCUCCGGAUGAUGAGACGGUAAACCAGAUGCUUGCUCGCACCGAGAAGGAGUUCGACAUUUACCAGCGUAUGGACGCGGAACGUCAGGUGACCGAGCGCCAGCAGGCCAAACCCGAGCCCCGGUUGAUGGAGUACUCGGAACUGCCCGACUGGAUUGUCCGCAAUGAGGAAGAAGUGGAGAAGAGCCUUGCCAUGGAUGAGUCCUGUCUUCUCACCAUGCGUCGUCAACGCAAGGAGGUAGACUAUUCGGACGCUCUCACAGAUCGCCAAUUCCUCAAGGCUAUCGAUGAGGGCAGUUUGGAGGAAGCUGAGGAGAAAUCGCGACAGCGCAAGGCCAAGCGCAAGCGGAAACGUAACGAACCGGAUUACAGUGGCAUGGACGACGCCAGUUCGGAGGCUGGGAGUAGUGUGAAGGCAGCCCCAGCGGUGAAGCGUCGCAGAGGCCGUCCACCGCAGUCCGCCUCGGCCGCCUCAUCGUCCAAUGCGCGUCGACCUAUCUCACCGAAAUUGCAGGAGCGUAUGAAACGUCUCCUGCAGAUUGUCAUCGAUUAUAAGGACAAAGAUCAGCGUGUGUUGAGCGAGCCUUUUAUGAAGUUGCCGACACGGAAGGAGCUGCCAGACUACUACGAGGUGAUUAAGCGACCCGUCGACUUCCAUCGCAUCAAGACGCGUGUGCGCGACGGAAAAUACCGCUCAAUGGAUGAGUUGGAAGCAGACAUCCUUCUGUUGUGCAAAAAUGCUCAGACCUACAACAUGGAUGGUAGUCUGAUCUUCGAAGACUCGGUGGUGUUGCAGACGGUGUGGACGAACGCGCGCGAGCAGUUGGAGGCCCUGGAGGGUGUACCGGAGGAAAGUGAGACGAUGGCGGAGGACGGUGACGAGACUUCGAGCUCUCGAAAGGCGUCUACACGUCAUCCGCCCACGCAGACCACACCCUCUAACGUGGAAGAAGAGACCAUGGACGACACCAUCAUUGGUGGUGGUGGCGGUGGAGGUUGCAGUGGCGUGGUUGACAUUACCGGAGACGAUAGCACAAGUCGUGGAUCCUUCAGCACAAAGUCACGCAAAAGCAGCACUUCCAGGAAGCCCUCUCUGCUUCAUUCAAAGGUGAUGAUGUCCGAGUCCUAUGCUACGACGUCUGGCACCUCGUGUGGGCCCUCCAUGAGUACUUCAGCGUCGGUGACUGCUAUACCGUCGGUGGUAGAGGGCGAUAAUGCAGACGUCUCUGCCUCGACUUCUUCAUCCCUACUACCUCCACGAAAGGCUCGUAGUACCAGCAAACCAAUAGUUUACGACAAUUCGGAUGAGGAGGACGUGGAGGAUGAUGGUCUGGAUGAGGAUGACGAUGACGAUUAUUGA